UUGUCCGGGGGAGGAGCGGAAAGGGCUGUUGGGGGCGAAGGACUUGGCUCGGAGCGCCGCGGAGCUGGCCAGCGCGGAACGUCGGAGGCUUCUCUUUUGGAACGUUGAUACACUUUGGAACGUUCGCGGUUUCCUGCGGCGCCAAGGCGGAGGCCCCGAAGCCGCUUCUCUAAGGAACGGCGGCUCCAGGAAGACGCGGGGGUUGUUGUUUUGAAUCCCGCUGGCGGGCCCCUGUGGGGUUUGGGUGAGCAAUCUGCUCGGUGUCCGCAGUUCGAUGGUUUGUUCCGACCGAAAUGAGCCGCCCGUCCUCCGCCGGACCCAGCGCUAACAAACCUUGCGGCAAGCAGCAGCAGCAGCAGCAGCACACGCCAUCGCCGGCUGCUGCUCCCGCCGCCAACACCGCCGCCGCGGCCGCCACCAUCUCCGCUGCCGGAGCCGGCUCUUCCGCGGUCCCUGCCGCGGCCGCUGUGAUCUCGAGCCCUGGAGCGGGUGAAAGCAGCGGGGGGCCGGUAUCGCCUCAGCAUCACGAGCUGACCUCGCUCUUCGAGUGCCCGGUGUGCUUCGACUAUGUGCUGCCCCCGAUCCUGCAGUGCCAAGCCGGGCACUUGGUUUGCAACCAAUGCCGGCAGAAGCUGAGCUGCUGCCCCACAUGCCGGGGAUCCUUGACCCCCAGCAUCAGGAACUUAGCGAUGGAGAAAGUGGCCUCGGCAGUCCUCUUCCCUUGCAAGUAUGCCACCACAGGCUGUUCCCUGACACUCCAUCAUACAGAAAAGCCAGAUCAUGAAGACAUUUGUGAGUAUCGCCCUUACUCCUGCCCAUGUCCAGGAGCAUCAUGCAAAUGGCAGGGCUCCUUGGAAGCUGUGAUGUCUCAUUUAAUGCACGCUCACAAGAGUAUUACGACUCUUCAAGGAGAAGACAUUGUCUUCCUCGCCACAGACAUUAACUUGCCGGGAGCCGUUGAUUGGGUGAUGAUGCAGUCAUGCUUCGGCCAUCACUUCAUGCUGGUUUUGGAGAAACAGGAGAAGUAUGAGGGCCAUCAACAGUUCUUUGCCAUAGUCUUACUCAUUGGCACUCGCAAACAAGCAGAGAACUUUGCAUACAGGCUCGAACUGAAUGGCAACAGACGGAGGCUGACAUGGGAAGCAACACCACGAUCCAUCCAUGAUGGGGUGGCAGCAGCUAUCAUGAACAGUGACUGUCUUGUGUUUGACACUGCCAUAGCACAUCUAUUUGCAGAUAAUGGGAACCUUGGAAUCAAUGUGACUAUUUCUACGUGUUGUCCGUGAUUUUUUGUGUAACUUGUGAAACCAUGUGGUUUCUCUGGGCAUAGUGCUUUCAUGUUUUGCUGAGUCAUUUUUUUUUAAGUGGUAUUCAACUGUUGCCCUGUCUUUUCCUUCUCAUGCAAUCAUAAGUACAUGAGGAAGAGCAGGGAUUUGCCACCAGUGCCAUCACAAACCUGUCAUUCACUUUGGAGUGAUGUAACUGUAGUGUAAUCUAUAUAUGUACACUCCCUCCAUUGUAUGAAAUCUUGCACAAAUGUUAAUUACUGGGUGGCUAUACACCCACAUAGGGAGUGUAUCUUCAUACGUAAUACAAGUCUUACCCUGAGAUUUUAAUAAAAUAUACUCAUUGGGAAUUAUAAGAUUUAUCAGAAUAGUUACUAAAGCAAAAUCAAUGCCCUUUUAAUCCAGAAGGAAAGAGAUAUAUUUUUAAGAGUUUCACUGGCGUUUUAUAGAGGGAGAAACAAUGUCAUCUUCUUAAAAACAAAACUUUUUUAACACAUAGGGAAUAAAAGAGGUGGGACAUCCAUCAGAGGUAGAUCUUCAGUGCCUAAGGAGUCCAUGCACAAGUUUGGAAAAAUGAGGUGCUUAAAUAGACUACAGCACUUCUGGUUACAAGCAGGGAACACCAUAUUUAAACAAAUCCAUACAACAGAAACAUGGUACAGCAAAAAUGAUGUCACUAAAUUACAGCUUCCCUCCUAUAAGGCUGUGCUACUUAAGGGAUUUUUUUUUUUUUUACUGUGAGGGAAUUUUUGAAAAUGUGAUCAUUUACCUACAACAUGGAGUCUAUUUCUACAAUCUCAGUACUUUGAUGGUUCACUAUACUUCAUCUCCAGGAAGGAGCAGUACACUGCUUCAAGCAAUUGAUAAAGCCCUUGACCAUCUUUGUAACAAAAUAUUAAAAGGAAAGAGUAAAUAAACAGAAUGUGACAGUGUUGGAAUUGCUUUAUUUUUAAGCUUUUAAUACAUAGGAAUUUGUGGAUGUUCCAUUUUACACAGUAAUGCACACAGGAGAAAAAUGUACUUUAUCCAGUGAGUUUUCUUGCUUUUUUUCUGGCUGAUGAAUUGGUUGAGUUUUUAUCUUUUUUAAAAAAAUGAAUGUUUUCUAUUAGGAAUGAAGACUUGGAUAUCUGCACAGUGGGCCCACUUCAUCCACUCAUCUGUCUAUUUCUAUAAGAGUUGAAGAAACUCUUUGUCAGAGCUGCUUACCUAAGAGGUUGUAAAAAACACACACACACACUCACACACACACAAACAUGGCAUACUUCACAUACACAUUAAUAUUCUAAAAAGUGAUCUAGAAUAACAUAAGGGAAAUUGAUAUGAGGGUGGUCUUCUUUUCUGCUAUUUAAUUUUUUUUCUGUUGGCAUAGCCAGGUUUACUCUAGUUUUCUAAAUAAACCUUUUGCAAAAAAAAAAUAACUUGUGUGGGCUCUUUUACUGAAUAGAAAAAGAACAUCUGAGCAUCAACUUUGCAUUCAAUAUUCCUCAAUGGGACAGCACAUCUUAUGCGCUGGUCUAGUAAGCUUUUCCUGACACAGUGACAGUCAGUGAACAGAUGUGGAAUUUAUUCUAGCAGAACUGUAUUCCCAAGAUGUCACAUGGUCAUGACAUUAGUGAACAAAGUAUGUCAUGACACAUAUGAAGUCAUUCUGCAUGACCAUUACUAUCACCACAGAUCCCCAUGCUUCUCAUCUAGCUUUCUGACUAAAAAUAUAGGUGUUCAUAAUCCAUACUAGGCAGUGGUGGGAUUCAGCCAGUUCGCACCACUUCGCUUGUUAACUUUCUGAGCAGUUUGGCAAACUGGUUGUUGGAAGAAAUUAUUAGGGCAGAGAACCCGUUGUUAAAUUACUUGAAUCCCAUCACUGAUACUAGGGAUGAUAAUAGACUGGGGAAGGUUGAAGUUAACUCUUAGAAUCCUGGAAGCCAAAGAGAGCAUAGUUGCUUUGGUUUUGGACAUGUUUGGCUUUUUUCUCUAAUAAUAUAUAUUGAGUUUUAUCAAAUAACAAUGCAGAAACAAAUGAAGAAAACUGAGUGUUAUACAACAUGAAAGCAUCUGGUUUAAUUUUUGGUAGUGCUAGGAACUUAUUCUGUGGGAGGGUUUUUUUGGGGGGGCAGCUAUUUCCAACUAGUCAAAAAUAUACAGAAUAAUUAUUUGGCAUUC